UGAGUAGUUUGAAGGUCUUGUUGAGUUUGAACGGGAUCCUGGACCUGCAAUGAGUUUGAAGGGUUUGUGAGAGUGUCCGGGACUCAUUGCUGUUUUUUUAGUGGAGUUCUAGUAAUUCUCCUCUUCUGCUUUGGGGAGCAUCCACGGCAAGAUGUCGGAGCCAUCUGGAAUCCCCAGCAGCCCUGGACGGGCGGCGAUGACCAGUAGUCCAGGCCGUAUUCAUGGCCUGGAGACUGACGUCAGCAGUCCCGGCCGCGACUUGCCGCCGUUCGCUGAUGAAAGCGGAAUACUGGGAACUGAGCCCGAUGUUGUCGAUGAGGCCAUCGACGAGGAGGAGGAGGAGGGCGAAGACCUGUUCGGUGACAAUAUGGAGCGAGACUACCGUGCCAUUCCUCGUCUCGACGUCUAUGAUCGUGAUAUCCUGGACGAGAGUGACUACGAUGCCCUGUCGCCAGGCGCACGGGCACGUGUUGAAGCCGAUCUGCGCAAGCGGGACCGCGCUGAGGCCAUUGCCACUGGUCGUCUUCGCCGUGACCUUCUCUACGAUGAGGAGGAAGAAGAUGAGCACGAGCCGCCUGCACGUCGCCGGAAGCUGGCUGACCGUGCCGACCAGUACGGUAUGGACGACGAGGAGAUGCCAGAAGCGAUAGAGAACUUGGAAGACACGAAGGGGCACUCUGUACGCGAGUGGGUGUCAAUGACCGCACCGCGACAGGAGAUCAAGAACCGCUUCAAGCAGUUCUUGAAGACUUACGUGGACGCUAAUGGCAUCAGUGUAUACAAGGAGAAGAUUAGAACCAUGAUUGAAGCCAACAAGCAGAGUCUGGUGGUCAACUACAAUGAACUCGCUUCUCAGUGGCAAGUCAUUGCCUACUUUCUUCCAGAGGCACCUGCAGAGGUGUUGAAGAUCUUUGACGAGGCUGCAAAGGAGUUUGUGCUCUCUUUGUUCCCCAACUAUACUCGCAUUGCUGACUACAUCUACGUGAGAAUAUCAGACCUGCCGCUCAUGGAAGAGCUUCGUUCCCUAAGGCAGCUUCAUCUGAACCAACUCAUCCGCACAAUGGGUGUAGUCACCCAUAGCACUGGUAUCCUACCGCAACUCAACAUGGUCAAGUUCAACUGUGUGAAAUGUGGCUUUGUCCUGGGACCAUUCCACCAAAGUCAGACUGACGAGAUCAAGCCAGGAUCUUGCCCUGAGUGCCAGUCCCAUGGCCCAUUCGACGUCAACAUGGAGCAGACUGUUUAUCAGAAUUACCAGCGAGUAACCAUCCAAGAAAGUCCCGGUAAGGUGGCUGCUGGUCGAUUGCCCCGCUCCAAGGAUGUGAUCCUGUUGGCAGACUUGGUCGACUCGUGCAAGCCCGGGGACGAGAUUGAGUUAACAGGUAUCUACCAUAACAACUAUGAUGGUUCACUGAACACUGCCAACGGAUUCCCCGUCUUUGCCACCGUCAUCCUGGCCAACUACCUCACGCGGAAAGAGGAUCGUCUUGCCGUUCAGAGCUUGACCGAUGCCGACAUCAAGCAGAUUGUGGAGCUCAGCAAGGACGAGAAGAUAGGAGACAGGAUUGUCGCCAGUAUCGCACCGUCCAUUUACGGGCACACAGACAUCAGGCGAGCCAUUGCCCUGGCUCUCUUUGGCGGUCAGGCAAAGGAUCCCGGUGGCAAGCACAAGUUGCGCGGUGAUAUCAAUGUACUGGUCUGCGGGGAUCCCGGCACGGCCAAGUCGCAGUUUCUCAAGUACGUCGAGAAGACAGCCUCACGCCCAGUCUUCACCACCGGUCAGGGCGCGUCUGCGGUCGGCUUGACGGCCUACGUGCAGCGCCAUCCGGUCACCAGGGAGUGGACGCUGGAGGCUGGCGCUCUCGUCCUGGCAGACCGUGGAGUGUGCUUGAUUGAUGAGUUUGACAAGAUGAACGACGCAGACCGUACCAGUAUUCACGAAGCCAUGGAGCAGCAGAGCAUCUCCAUCUCCAAGGCUGGAAUUGUUACGUCACUUCAGGCACGCUGCAGUAUCAUUGCCGCCGCCAAUCCCAUCGGUGGCCGCUACGACCCUUCCAUGACAUUCGCCAACAAUGUGGAUCUUACUGAGCCCAUCCUUUCUCGUUUUGACAUCCUUUGCGUCGUUCGUGAUAUGGUCGACCCGGUCGAGGACGAGCGUCUUGCUCGCUUUGUUGUGGGCAGCCACACGCGCCAUCACCCCAACGCAGGAGCUGCCAAUGGAGCAGAUGCCGUUGUGGAGGAGGAGCCACGUGAAGUGGACUUGGUUCCCCAGGACAUUCUUCGCAAGUACAUCAUGUAUGCACGGGAGAAGAUUUAUCCACAACUGCAACAGAUGGACCAGGAUAAGGUGGCCAAUCUCUACUCGGAGUUGAGAAAAGAAUCACUGGCCACUGGCAGUAUUCCAAUCACAGUUCGACACAUCGAGUCGAUUAUCCGUAUUGCUGAGGCACACGCAAGGAUGCAUCUCAGACAGUAUGUGCGCAACGACGAUGUGAACAUGGCCAUUCGAGUUAUGCUGGAGAGCUUCAUUGACACUCAGAAGUUCGCUGUCAUGCGCAACAUGAGAAAGGCCUUCCAGCGCUUCUUGUCCUACCAGCGUGACAACGAUGAGCUUCUGUCGUUCAUUCUCCGUCAGUUGAUUCGCGAUCAGAUUGCGUAUCAGCGCAACAUUCAUGGUGGCGAUGUGGAGAUCGUCCAGGUGUCCGAGGAAGACUUUGUCGAGCAUGCGCGUCAGCUCAAUAUCUCCAACGUCUCGAGCUUCUACAAGACCGACGUCUUCCGCAGAGUCAACCGCUGCACAUACGAUGGCUCGCGCAAGCUCAUUGUCCACACACUGUUUGCUUGAGCAGGUCGUCCUGUGAGGCGUGACAUUCUGCUCUGACACUCUCAAAAAUGUGCCCGAUGCGAAAGGAGGCUGACUGAACAUUUGAUUUCAAUGCUGGACCAGUUAUGCUCUGGCACGUACAGGACUUGUGUGAAAGUGUGACCCACGGUGCAAGUACAGUACUGUACAGUACUGGUGUCUACUUGUUUUAGGGAUUUUUACGGGAUUGUUUUUCUUUGCUGAUUUUCAUAGUGCUAAUGUUUCUUAUGCUGCUGAGCGAUGGUUCUGUCUCUUCUUUUACAUGAGCUUUUAUACCCUUUUUAGUGACUUCCUAGUUGCUUGAUAUCUUUGACUCGCGCUACUGUACAGUAUUGGAUGUUUUUUUUUUACUGCCGUUUUAAUCUUUCUCUCCAGUGGCUUCUUCCCACUCUUGUACAUAGACGUAUUCUGAUGUUAUUCUUGAUUUUUGGCCCGAUGGGCUGCUCUGCAUGGAUGCAGGAUGGGCUCAUGUGCAUACAUGUAUGUAGUGAGAAUCAACUGCACUAUAGUGUGCUUGUUAGUACAUAUA